AUGGCUCUGGGACGAAAUCUGAGAAGGCUUGAUCAAUAUUGGGGGCACGGUAUAUCAUGUUCCUUUACCUUUUCAGAACCUAUUACUAACAUUUUCCCAGCUCGAGAAUCUGAAGAAUACAUCUGUAGAACCACAGAAUUUUCCCCCAGCGACAAAAGAACACGAUGAAGUCGGCGAUUCUGCGCCUAAUGGGUGGCUCUGGAACGAGAUUAGAGGUGGUUUGGUCAAUGUCGAGGGACAUGUAUGUAUUCCUUGACCUCUAUCUACGUUUUGCGUGCAUUUGGCUAACAGAUAUGAAAAUAGUUGGUUGAUGCCCACGAUAUCGUGGAAAUUAACAUCGAUUGGAAGGAGAGGUAAUCUAUUCGAAUAAGAUAAAUCUGAAACUUAAGGAUGAGUAAUGUUGUUCUUUUAGCAUAAAGCCUAAGACAAUUAGGUCUACAAAGGUUCUAAAAGGAGAUAAAGCCAG